AUACAUAAACUUUUUUCCCAUAAUUUACUCUAAACAAGCCUUCUACAUAUGGGGAAAAGUUAACUGAUCUGUGUUCAGAGUGUGAUGAGUGAUAUCAAUUCCUUCGACUCCUGCCCCUUCUGCAGCUUGAAGCUGCGUUGAAGCGGGUCCCCUUUAUCAUUGAACCAGCACAACAACCAUUUCCUUCAAGCAACGUUCUUUUGUUUUUCCCUUUUUCCCCCAAUAAACUUCAAAAUUAUUAUCAUAUUAUAAACAUAACCAUUUUUAAGGAGUUGUAGACCUCAGUUCCUGAACUUCAAUCGUGUUAUUUUUAAUAAUUACUCAGUUUGUUUCAAAGAUUCUGAAUUUUAAAAAAUACACCAUGAAUUCUUCAAAUCACAGCUGGGUUCUAUAGGAAUAAAGAGUUUGAAUUUUGAAGUUUUAUUAACACUAUUUUACUUUUCUUUUCUUUUCUAUUUGUGGGGUCCUAAUUGACAGGCUAAUCAACAGUCUGGAAAAGGGUGUUUGCAUUGCGGCAAAAUAAAAAGCUCAACUUUAUGGGAUUUCAGUAAUGGGUUUCACGUAAUCUAAAUUGGGUCUCAUUCUGUUUCAUCUUUUCAGCUCUGUUGAUUUUGGCAGUAGCAGGUUUAUUCACAUUUUGUUCCCUCCAUAACCACAACCCAAAGAUCCGAGGUUGUUGUGGCUUGGGAUUGGGAGUUGAGAUUAUUGGGUGCUUUCUGCUUACAAUUAAGUUUAUGGAUUGGUGAAACUACAAUGGUGAUGAUGAAACUUGCAAAGUUGGUUUCCUUUGUUUUGGUUGUGUAUUUGUUUUUGGUGAAUGAGUCGUUUGCUGCAUACACUCCUCCUGAUAAUUAUCUAAUUGCUUGUGGUUCAUCCCAAAGCAUCACUUUCCAAGAUCGCACUUUUGUUCCUGAUUCACAACAUUCAUCGCUGGUGUUGAAAACCGGGAAUUCUAUUGUUGCUCGUUCCAAUUCUAGUGUUCCAAUCCCACUAUACCAAUCAGCUAGGAUUUUCACUGAGAAAGCUUCUUAUAGAUUUGAAGUUGAGGAAGGUAGGCACUGGCUCCGGCUAUAUUUUUCUCCUCUUCCCAAUUCUGACCAUAAUUUGACUGCUGCUGCUAUAACAGUGGUUACUGAUGAUUUUGUUCUUUUGUGCAACUUCACCUUUAAGAACUACAAGGGUUCUUAUUUGUUUAGAGAGUAUGCAAUCAAUGUUACAUCUGAUACCUUGACUGUAACCUUUAUUCCUUCAAAUGAUUCAGUAGCCUUUGUUAAUGCAAUUGAAGUUGUGUCAAUGCCAAAUGACUUGUUUGUUGAUCAGGCAUUAGCCCUUAACCCAACAGCACCAUUCAAUGGGCUUUCUGAGCUUGCUUUUGAGACUGUUUACCGGUUAAAUAUAGGAGGUCCUUUGCUCACUUCCCAAAAUGAUACCCUGGGAAGAACUUGGGAGAAUGAUCAGAAAUAUCUCCGCGUGAACAACUCAGUCAUUGAUGUGUCAGUCAACCCUUCAAGCAUUAAGUAUCCGGCUGGUGUUACACCUGAGAUUGCACCGAAUUGGGUCUAUGCCACUUCUGAAGCAAUGGGGGAUGCAAAUGUGGCCAAUUCAAAUUUCAACAUUACUUGGGUCUUUACAGUGGAUCCAAACUUCUCCUACUUUAUUAGGGUGCACUUUUGUGAUAUUAUUAGCAUGUCUCUCGAUACUUUAGUGUUCAAUUUAUUCAUAAAUUCUGACAUAGCUAUUGGAAGCCUUGACCUCUCAUCCCUAACUAAUGAUUUGGCUGUGCCUUAUUAUAAGGACUUUGUUUCCAAUGCCUCCGCAGACUCAAACACUUUGACAGUAAGUGUUGGUCCUGAUACAAUGGCAGAUAUCACAAAUGCUACUAUGAAUGGACUGGAGAUAAUAAAGAUCAGCAAUGCAUUCAAGAGCUUGGAUGGACUUUCUUCAGUUGAAAGUUUUCUUCCUAGGUCACCAUCAAACAAGAGGAAGAUAGGAAUAAUAGUUGGUUCUUCCAUUGGAGCUGUGGCUAUGAUGGCUUUGGUUGGUUUGUGUUAUUUGUGCUUGGUGAGGUGCAAAUCAAAGUCUACUCAAGAGGGCCAUUCUUGGCUGGCUUUACCCUUAUAUGGAAACUCUCAGACCAUGACAAAAGUGUCGACAACUUCACAGAAGAGUGGAACUGCAAGCUUCAUUUCCUUAGCUUCAACAAAUUUUGGACGGUUAUUCACUUUCCAAGAAAUCCUAGAUGCAACCAACAAAUUUGAUGAGAAGCUGCUUCUUGGUGUUGGUGGUUUUGGAAGGGUUUAUAAGGGAACACUUGAUGAUGGGACUAAUUUAGCUGUUAAAAGGGGAAACCCAAGAUCUGAACAAGGCCUUGCUGAAUUCAGAACAGAAAUUGAAAUGUUAUCAAAGCUUCGCCAUCGUCAUCUUGUGUCUCUCAUUGGUUACUGUGAUGAGAGGUCUGAAAUGAUUCUUGUCUAUGAAUACAUGGCUAAUGGACCCCUCAGGAGUCAUUUGUAUGGAUCAAGCCUACCACCUCUAUCAUGGAAGCAACGGCUUGAAAUUUGUAUUGGAGCAGCAAGAGGCCUUCAUUAUCUCCACACAGGUGCAUCUCAAAGCAUAAUUCACAGAGAUGUAAAGACAACAAACAUUCUCUUAGAUGAUAACUUUGUUGCUAAAGUUGCUGACUUUGGCCUCUCCAAAACUGGUCCUGCCCUUGACCAAACACAUGUAAGCACUGCAGUUAAAGGUAGCUUUGGUUAUCUUGAUCCUGAAUACUUUAGAAGGCAACAACUUACAGAAAAAUCAGAUGUUUAUUCAUUUGGAGUAGUUUUAAUGGAAGUGUUAUGCACAAGACCAGCCUUGAAUCCUGUUCUUCCUAGAGAACAAGUUAAUAUAGCUGAGUGGGCAAUGAGUUGGCAGAAGAAAGGGAUGCUUGAUCAAAUCAUGGAUCAAAAUCUGGUGGGAAAAGUCAAUCCUUCUUCUCUGAAGAAGUUUGGUGAAACAGCUGAGAAAUGCUUGGCUGAGUAUGGAGCUGACAGGCCAUCUAUGGGAGAUGUUUUGUGGAAUCUUGAAUAUGCUUUGCAGCUCCAAGAAACCUCAUUAGCACUCAUGGAACCUGAAGAUAACAGCACAAACCACAUUAUUGGAAUUCAGUUGACUCCUCUUGAGCAUUUUGAUAACAGCACGAGUAUGAUUGAUGGAGGAAACUCUGGCACAGAUGAAGAUGCUGAAGAUGCUGCCACAAGUGCAGUGUUCUCACAAUUGGUGAAUCCUCGUGGAAGAUGAGUUUUUUUCAUGUAUCCUUGAUUCUUGCCACGGACCAUUAAAUAGAGUGGCUGUUCUGGCCUUGGACUAAUUUAAAAGUCUCGAUUGAUGAAUGAAUGUUACUUUCCAUUUCGUUAUUUCUUUGGUCAUCCUUUUUUUUUACCACAAGCAAGUUACUAUGUAAUAUUUGCCAAUUAGCUGGUUAGAAAUUGUAUGUAAGGUGUCCAUAAGAUUCUGUUGUAUUUUAUAUUAGUGAAUCAGGAGUUCAGCUCCAACAAUUGUUACAAGUUACAAUAAAUUCCUUCAGAAAAUGAAUAAACUAAAU